AUGGCUGAUCUUUCCCAGCUAGGACGCGUCCCCGAAGACGAAGAUUCAGCCUCUGGCCCGUACAAUGGCGACGCGGCUAUUCACGAUGAACCCCGCUCUCAAUCACCCGCGACCAUUCAUACUGUUCCACGCAGGAAUUCUUCCGUCUCGCAUGUUUCUCUUGACUUUUUUGAUCCUGCUGGAGUCGAGCAACUCAGACGCACCAUGAGCCACAUGUCCGCAGCCGUCCAUACCAGCGAUAUUCCAGACGUCCCAGUCCAGAAGAUUAGGAGUCACUCGACAGUUGACACGACAACAACCCUGGCUGCCCCCAAGGGAGAUGAACCUUUCGAUCUAGAAAGAACGCUUAGAACGGUCAUGAAGAGAAAAGAGAAGUCACAUAUACACACACGAGAGCUGGGAGUUAUGUUUCAGGAUCUGCGAGUCAUCGGGCUGGGCUCUGCUGAGAACUACCAAUCAACGUUUGGCUCUCUAUUCAACCCACGCGUUCUUUUGCAGUCGCUCCGCGAGACUCGAAAACCCCCUCUCCGGGACAUUUUGUCCGGAUUUGAAGGUGUUGUACGCCCGGGAGAGAUGCUCCUUGUUUUGGGUAGCCCUGGAUCAGGCUGUAGCACUUUUUUGAAGACUCUCGCCAACCAACGCCGUGAGUAUCGCUCCGUCGAAGGGGAAGUUCACUACGAUUCCUUCUCGCCCGCUGAGAUCGAGAAACAUUACCGCGGCGACGUCCUUUACUGUGACGAGGACGACAUCCAUUUCCCCACGCUUUCGGUCGACCAGACGCUUUGCUUCGCCGCAAAGAUGCGAACUCCUCACGUACGAAUGGACGGACAAUCGCGUGAAGAGCUCGUACGCCUAUUCGUAGAUUGUCUGGAAACGGUCUUCGGUCUUCGACACGUGAAGAAUUCCCCCGUCGGUGAUGCCGCGCUGCGUGGCGUGUCUGGUGGUGAGAAGAAGCGGGUUUCAAUUGCGGAAGCACUUGCAUUACGGUCGAAGAUCAAUUCUUGGGAUAACUCUACGCGAGGACUUGAUGCGUCUACGGCACUGGAGUUCGUCAGCGCUUUGCGCAUCGGUACGGACAUCGGGCGUAUGACGACCAUCGUAUCUUUGUACCAAGCAGGCGAGCAGCUGUACGAACACUUCGAUAAGGUCUGCGUCAUCUACGAAGGUCGUAUGGCAUAUUUCGGAUCAGCCAGCGCAGCUCGUCAACACUUCAUUGAUAUUGGAUUCAACCCGGCUCCCAGACAGACCACCGCAGACUUUCUCGUUGCUGUGACCGAUCCAAGUGCUCGUAUUGUACGCCCCGGGUUCGAGUCCCGCGCGCCACGCACUUCCAUUGAAUUCGCAGAACAUUUUAUCGCUUCAGAAGCUGGCCUGGCUAAUCAGGCAGAUAUCGGCUCGUAUCGCGCUGAGUUUGUCGGUAAACCGGAAAAGAUACAAGGGUACAAGGAAAGUGCUCGGGCGGAACGUGCCACUACUCAGAGCAAGGCUAGUCCGUACACGGUCUCGCUCUUCAUGCAGGCCAGGGCGGUGUCUCUUCGGAGACUUCAGAUUUUAAGAGGCAACAUGUCGCACGAGAUUAUCCACCUAGUCACGUUCAUCCUUCAAGCUGUCAUCGUCGGCACUGCCUUCUUGAACAUGGCCGAAUCGACGUUAGCGUAUUUUUCUCGCGGCGGCGUGAUAUUCUUUGCCCUUCUCUUCGCGGCAUUGACAUCUAUGUCCGAGAUACCUGCCCUGUUCGUCCAACGCCCUAUCGUCAUCAAACAUUACAAGGCCGCAAUGUAUCAUCCUUUCAUCGAAGCUGCAGCAUUGACUCUCGUGGACAUCCCCAUCACCUUCUUCACUCUCUUGGUCUUCGGUGUUAUCUUAUACUUCUUGGUUGGCCUCCAGCGUUCAGCUGGCCAAUUCUUCAUAUUCUUCAUAUUCAUCUUCACGAUGACCAUCACCAUGAAGGCGUGGUUCCGUACCAUUGCUGCCGCUUUUGGAGCACCUGCGCCUGCACAGACCGUUGCCGGUAUUUUGCUCCUUGGUCUAGUUCUCUACACCGGCUAUGCCAUCCCAAAGCCUUCCAUGAUCGGUGCUCUUAGGUGGAUCACAUAUAUCAACCCUCUAAGAUGGGGUUUCGAGGGUGUGUUGUCCAACGAGUUCCACACCCUCAACGGUACAUGCGCCACAUUUGUGCCCAGUGGCCCUGGCUAUACCAAUAUAUCCCUGUCCAAUCAAGUCUGCACAACAGUGGGCUCUGUGUCAGGCUCUCCUGUAGUCGAUGGCAACAGGUUCAUCUCGUUAUCAUUCGGGUAUUCCUUCAGUAACGUGUGGCGGAACUUCGGCUUCGUCGUUGCUUUCGGCGUUCUCUUCAUAUCUGGCCUUCUACUCGCUACCGAAUUCAAUACGUCUACGUCCGCCCGAACGUCAUCCACCCUGUACAAGCGUGGCACCACAGCCCAUCUACUCACAAACAAGGAAAUCGACGAGGAGAAGGGAGGUCCUCCUGAGAAGACGCCCGUCGGUGAAGAAAACAAUGUCGCAGAGGUCGAAAAGGCACUCGAAGCCACACCGAGAGCGCACGAUGUCUUCACUUGGCAGCAUCUGGAGUAUAAUGUACCGGUAGGAGGUGGUGAGAUGCGCCGACUGCUGGAUAAUGUUUCGGGAUAUGUGGCACCUGGAAAGCUCACUGCUCUUAUGGGCGAGUCUGGCGCUGGAAAGACUACUUUACUCAACGUGCUAGCUCAGCGUCAAUCGACGGGAAUUGUCACUGGAGAGCGUUUGGUGAACGGACACUCCCUUCCCACCGACUUCCAAGCUCAGACUGGCUAUUGCCAGCAGAUGGACACUCACCUCCGCAGUGCAACCGUCCGCGAAGCUUUAUUAUUCUCGGCUAGAUUGCGUCAGCCCGUUAGCGUCCCCAUGGAAGAGAAAGAGGCAUACGUCGAUACUGUGCUGAAGAUUUGUGGGCUCCAGAACUAUGCGGAUGCCAUCGUAGGAUCUUUGGGAGUUGAACACAGGAAGCGAACUACCAUUGGUGUCGAACUCGCCGCCAAACCCAAGCUGCUCUUGUUCCUGGACGAGCCGACGUCUGGAUUAGACUCGCAGAGCGCUUGGGCUAUCAUGGUCUUCCUUCGUAGGCUGGCUGAUCACGGACAAGCCAUACUCUGCACCAUCCAUCAGCCGUCUUCGGAAUUAUUCCAAGUGUUCGACCGCCUCCUUCUCUUGAAGAAGGGCGGACAGACAGUCUACUUUGGUGAUCUAGGUCCCAAUUCAACAACGAUGCUCGACUACUUCGAGAGCCACGGCGGUUAUCCCUGUCCUCCUCAACACAACCCUGCAGAAUACAUUCUCGAUGUUAUCGGUGCGGGUGCCACCGCCACGACUGAAGUCGAUUGGCACGAAAUUUGGUCGAAGUCCGACGAGGCGAAGGCUGCCCAGAAAGAGAUUGACGAUCUUCUUGCCGAGGGCCGUGACCAUCCGCCCGUGCAGACUGAGAUUCACACCGAAUUCACAACAGGCUGGUUGUACCAAGUAAGAACUCUUCUGAAACGUGAUUUGCAGCGUCGCUGGCGUGACCCACAAUACGUCGUCGCCAAGUUGGCGCUAAACGUUUUCGCUGGGCUCUUCAUCGGCUUUACUUUCUGGAAAUCCAAAUGGACUAUUCAAGGGACGCAGAAUAAACUCUUUGCUAUCUUCUUGGGACUUGUUGUAUCCGCACCUGUCUCAAACCAGCUGCAAGUUCUCUUCAUCGAAGCACGCAGCAUCUACGAGGUCAGAGAGCGGCCGAGCCGCAUGUAUAGCUGGACGGCUUUGAUGACCGCACAACUUCUCGCAGAGUUACCAUGGAAUAUUUUUGGCUCAAGUCUAUACUUCCUCUGUUGGUAUUGGACAGUCGGCUUCCCUACCGAGCGCGGUGGAUACACCUACUUGAUGCUUGCUAUCAUGUUCCCGUUAUGGUACACGAGCUUUGGGCAAGCCGUCGCCGCGAUGAGUCCGGAUGCGCCAAUCGCAGCCUUGCUUUUCAGUUUCUUGUUUUCAUUCGUUAUCAACUUUACUGGUGUCCUUCAGCCUUUUGCUCGACUUGGUUGGUGGAAAUGGAUGUACCGGCUCUCACCCUUCAAUUAUCUAGUCGGAGGUCUUCUCGGUCAAGCUAUUGGGGGCUAUGAGAUUACAUGCGCCGACGUGGAAUACGUGACCGUCUCCCCGCCAACAGGCCAGACAUGUGGCCAAUACCUUGAUCCCUUCAUCAGCGUUGCCGGGGGCUACAUCGUGGAUAGCAACGUUACCGAUGUGUGCACCUACUGCGCUUCUCGUACGACAGACGAAUUCCUCGAGGGUAGUUUCAACAUCUUCUACUCCCAACAUUGGAGGAACUUCGGCCUCUUGUGGGCAUAUAUCUUCUUCAACGCUGCUAUGAUCUACCUUUUGACGUAUAUUUUCCGCAUAAGAACUGGGAGCCUUCUCGGGCCACUGAAACGAAUUCUUCCUCACAAGUCGAGCGCUAAAUGA